CACUGACCUGCAGUUUUAAACCGACUCAAGCGGCGACGUUUUGUUUCCCCUUUCAAAUUGAAACCCUAAUCUGGGGUUUCUCUGUAAGCUAUGGUUUAAUACAUCACUCUGACUUAAGGAGGGGAUUUCGCCGCACGUGUUGUCAAUAUGCCGCAAGGAGAUUACAUAGAGCUUCAUCGGAAGCGACAUGGCUACCGACUGGAUCAUUUUGAGCGUAAGCGCAAGAAGGAGGCGCGUGAAGUUCACAAGCGCUCUGAAAUUGCCCAGAAGGCUCUGGGUAUUAAGGGCAAGAUGUUUGCUAAGAAACGAUAUGCUGAGAAGGCCCUCAUGAAGAAAACAUUGGCUAUGCACGAAGAAUCAUCAAGUCGAAGAAAGGUGGACGAUGAGGUUCAUGAUGGAGCUGUUCCUGCCUAUUUGCUCGAUCGUGAAAACACAACAAGGGCUAAGGUUCUUAGCAACACAAUUAAACAAAAAAGAAAAGAGAAAGCUGGAAAAUGGGAGGUACCUCUACCCAAGGUUAGGCCUGUGGCAGAAGAUGAAAUGUUUAAAGUGAUCAGAACUGGUAAACGAAGAACCAAGCAGUGGAAGAGGAUGGUCACUAAGGCCACAUUUGUUGGACCAGGUUUUACAAGAAAGCCUCCAAAGUACGAGCGAUUCAUUCGCCCAUCAGGCUUGCGUUUUACAAAAGCUCAUGUGACACAUCCUGAACUCAAAUGCACCUUCAAUCUGGAGAUCAUUGGAGUGAAGAAGAAUCCUAAUGGUCCUAUGUAUACCUCUCUGGGUGUUAUGACUAAAGGAACAAUCAUUGAGGUGAAUGUCAGUGAAUUGGGUCUGGUCACUCCAGCUGGAAAAGUCGUGUGGGGGAAGUAUGCUCAAGUGACAAAUAACCCAGAAAAUGAUGGUUGUAUAAAUGCAGUUUUGCUUGUUUAAGAGAGGAUUUCUGUGAUGCAGGCAGUGCAUGUUUUUGUGAAGACCUAACUCCUAUCUUUUUUCUGUGUUGUAUCUAUAAACUUUAUUUUCUUUCUAUCUGUUGCUAACGAAGUCAAGGGUUCUAAUUGUAACAAUAGAUAUAUUUUGUAUCCUUGGAAUGGAUGUUUCGAUUUUGUCCUUGGAAUUGAUGUUAAAUUUUGUUUA